AUGGAGAGGGACGGCAGCGGACUCGUCCAGAGUUUGCGACGGGAUCCUAGACAGGGCCGCCACAGGCCGACCUCAUCGCCGACGGACUUAGUCGGCAAGUUAUUCAUGCGACAUGACACAUCCAAUUGGACGGACGGCAUUCUCACGGCCACUGCACCGCCGCCGGCGGGUUGCCGUUUUGCUGCCCAGUCUGAGUGCGUGCCGGCGUUUGACGGCAAUGCUGGCCGGAACUGUGGGGCCUCGGCGAUGUCCACGAUGAGCGGCUCUUACACGCCCAACUCUAUCGCGCUUCCGAUGUCAAGCAGUCCGUCACCAGUUUCCAGCGCCGGCUACUGGCCCUAUCCUCCAUCGGCGACGGACUCAACUACCAUCCCGUGA